AUGGCAGGACCUAGACGCUCUCCUUUUGACCAAGCGGAUGACGGCCACCAGGUCUAUUCACCCCUUACAAACCUAGUACGCAGGGCCUCUAACCGCCAACAACACUCUGGAGGUAUUCCAACUCUACGCUCGCUUGCCAACUCCAGCUCGACCGGCACAUACAAUAUGGACCACCGACCGCCUAACAUGCGCUCUAUUUCAGACGAACCCCGGAAGAGAUAUGUGCCUCCCAGCUUGGUCUUGAAUGACUCGUCGUAUGAAGUCCCCAUGACCGGUCAUCGACGAGCACAACCUUCUUCUCCACUGCUACACACCCGUUUUCGAGCUAGCGUGGCCACGUCUAUCGACUCUUCUUCGGACUUGGAUUCUCAGCAUCGCGACUCACAAGACUUACAGUACCAUCACCAGCCUCACUCUUCUGGAUCGGACUAUACACCCAGCCCCACUGCUCACCGUCCGUUUCAGUAUAUUAUUGACGACACUCAUGCGGGAGACAGUCCUACCAGCCAAUACUCUGUUCCUCCGAGUCCCAAUCUUUCGAAAGGCUCAAGGAGCCCCUCCAGCCCAUUGGCCGGUUCCUACAUAGCACCUUCCAGUCCGAACACGGGUCCAAGCAGCCCAAGUUUUCAAUUUGACGCCCGAACUAGCGUGGCGCCGUCAGACAUAACAUCCACACCCCCCUUCCAAUACGAUCCUCGCUCUUCCUCGAUUUCAGACCCUCGUGCCUCCUCGCUCACGGACACCGUCCCAUUCCAUUACGAUCUUCAGCCCGGCAACACCUCCCUCUCAUCCAACGAUGCGCUUUCCCAUAAUAUGAUGAGAGCAUCCACUCGCUCUUCGACCGCGUAUAACCCGCGUGGAACCUGGAGAAGCAGUGCUGCUCCAGAACCUGAUCCAUUUUCGUUCAGGGACUAUGAAGCCCCAAGGGUCGAACCGCCUAUUGUCGUUGUUCAUUCUCCAAUGAGCACGAUUCAGGAUUUGGGUGAUGAGGACGUCGAUGGAGAUUUCUACUUGGGUGAUCGUACUGCUGGGUCCAAUACGAGCAACCACCGCUCAAAUUCUCGGGACUCCACCAACACGGCGACUGUGGAUGAAGAUGUGGGGAAAACAUCUUACCAUGAUGCGUACGAGUAUGUGUAUGGGGCUAUUGAGGCUGAAGACGAAGAUGAUGCCGCAACGGAGACUGGACACCAGCUACCUUACAUGACCCAAGGAUCUUCUGUAGCGUACUCUCAGCAACGAGGAGGCUAUACCUCACAAGAACCAAAUAGGGGCUCCCUCGCUCAAUCCGAAGGGCCCGAUCGUUUCUCGGUAUCUGAGUAUACCGAUUCAGGAAGCUUCUUUACCCCCGAGCCUGCACCUGUAGCGAACUCGAACUCGAACUCGAACUCGAACGCGGCAGGAAGAGCUGCGAGUGUUGCUGCAACCGGACCACGGUAUAAUUAUUCGAGGCCGAUGAGAGCUGGUGGAGGAAGCAUUAGUGGAACUGGAGGUAUCCAACCUCAGCCUUUGCAACCAGGAGCUACACAACCCAAUUUGGCACUGAACACAAGCGUAUCUGGCUCAAGUGGCCAAACGAGCCCCGUUGCCGGACCUCCUAAUGGAAGGACACCCAUGCGGAAGGGAACUGGACCAUUGAUUUUCCAGGAUAACAGUCCUGUGGAGGAGAGGGUAGAAUAUCCGUACCAGUACAGCCCGGUACCCCCAAGCGCUACGACCGAAGGCUAUCAUUCGCAGCACAGUGCUUCACCACAUCAGACUCGGCAUGCCUCCGCUUCACCAAGAUCUCAGCCACGAAACGUGUCGCCAAGUUCUGGGCCUCAGAGAGGAGGCCCCUCACCACAAGCGUCAUCACCCAGCUCUCAGGAAUAUACCAUGUCGCCCAGCUCCCAGCAGACCAUGAUACCACAUUCCCAAGGGUCCCCACAACCUCCAUCUCCAAAUGGCCCCACACCUUCGCUAUAUUCACAAUACUCGUUCUAUUCUCUCCCCAAUUCGACGCCUCCUGGGUCCCCUCAUUCAGGAAUCGAUGAACAGUCCCGACAAGUGAAGCCAAAAUCGUCCGGUAGCCUACUUAACCCGGCUAAUCAGGCUCAAUCUCAACAAUCAACCUCUCGCUCGGGUUCACCAAAUAAGCCACCACCAUCGGCAGCUCAGCAGGCUUUACAACUGGGUAUCACUGCACACGAGCAAAACAAUCUUCGCGAAUCUGCACGAUACUUUGAGCGUAGCGCGACUGUCGAGGGAGGAUGCGGAGUUGGUAUGCUCAUGUGGGGACUAAGUCUUCGGCAUGGGUGGGGCUGCAAGAAGGACGAGCGAAACGGGUUCAAGUGGUUGAGAAAGGCGGCCGAGGCAGCUGUUGCCGAUCUGGAGGGUGCAAGGAGCGGAGAUGAGGCUAAAGCCGUCAAGAACGAGCUCGUCCUCGCGAUCUAUGAAGUCGGACAGUGCUUUUUCCAUGGAUGGGGAGUGGGGCAAGAUAAAGUCAUGGCUGUCAGCUAUUUCCAAGUUGCUGCUCGUCUCGGAGAUUGUGACGCCCAGCAAGAAUUGGCAUUUUGCUAUCUCAACGGAAAAGGGUGCAAGAAGGAUAUGAGACAGGCUGCGAGGUGGUAUCGCGCUGCUGCUGCACAAGGUGCAAGCACAGUCGGACUUGCAUGGAUUUAUAAGCCCAAGUACGCGUGA